AUGUAUCCCAUCAAUUCAAAAUUAUUCUUCGGGCUCUUGUUAGUUGUAGCCCAAUCUCGGUGUGCACCCCUUCCAAGCUCUAACUCUGAUCUACCAAGCUCCAAGGAUGCGGUCGAUCCAAGAUUAGGAGUGGUUUCGCCUACGGAAAACUCUUAUCAUUACGAUAAACGCUCUAAUGCAAAGGAUGUGACGCGGAAGGUACUUUCCGUUGCUGCAAUAGGUACUGUCGAUGUAGCAACAAUUAUUGCCGAUUUGUUGAGGGUGCAAGGAGACCUCAGGAAUAUCGUAAGGAAAUUCGGGAUUUCUGGUUUGACCCUUGCCGCAGAUCAAGGUCAAAAAGGCCUCUCAACAGGAGGGUUGACACAGGAUCUUCCCCUGGGAGCCAAUCCUUUCGUGAAGAAUACUACAGCAGAUACAUCUUCUACUACUCUCACGGAUUUAAAUCUUGUUGGAGAUAAAUCAGUAAAAAAAGAGACGGGCACGGAAGCCGAGGAAGAAGAAGAAGCUGAAGCAGCUUCGACCUCAAGUGAUACCUUUUCUGGAGGCUCAACAAAGACCCCCGAAACUACGCCAGGGUCGGAUGGGACGAAUUCGGAAAACUCCGAAGAGGAAAAAGAAGAUUAG